UAGUAAGCUAAAACUAGCUAGUUAGCUAAACCUUGCUGACCAUGCAUUUAUAGCUUGAUGUAAGAAAUUCAAAGAGAUUACAGGCUUUCCUCCCAAAGGAAGAUGAAACUGGUCAAGGACAUUCGAGCAUAUUUAACUUUUUCUGCUAUGGAUUUUUUUACUGGGCCAAAACUUCUGGAUUUUAAGAAUUCACCACCACAUCUUCAGUUCAACAAAUAUGUCCUGAAAGGAUACCGGCCUAUAUCCACUUCCAAAGACUGUCUGCGAAGUUUGUUCUAUCUGCAUAAUGAACUUGGAAACAUCUAUACACAUGGUAUCCCCUUCAUCUGUUUUUUGCUAUUUUUGCCUGUGAACAUCCCAUGGGCUGAAGUGGAUGAGUGGUGGAUUGGUGUGGUGCAUUAUCUGGCUUGUCUGUCUCCCACCAUUUGUUCAGUCUUCUACCAUCUCUUCAUGAACCACGAGGGUGGAGCACAUGUUUAUGACACACUGCUGUGCUUCGACAUGGUUGGCGUCUGUCUUGUCAACACUCUCGGUGCUCUGCCAAUCAUUUACAUAACUUUGUUGUGUAACCCAUCUUCCCGUUGUGUGGCGAUGCUGGCAUAUCUCCUCCUCUCUGGCUAUGGUGUUUACUGCGCUGUCACUGCACGGGAUAAUGUGCACCGACUGCAGUCUUUCGCCUGGCAGGCUUUGUUCCGCUUCGUUCUCUUUCUGUUGCGUCUGACUGGCGCAGGCAAAGGAAGCCCUGCAUCCCUCCGUCUCUACCUCACCAUGGAUGCUUUGGCACUGGUAGGGGGACUCGUCAAUAUUUCCCGCUUGCCUGAGCGUUUCAGCCCUGGUCGGUUUGACUACUGGUUAAAUAGUCACCAAAUAAUGCACAUCAUGGUCAUCCUGUCCAUUCUGUAUUUGCACUGGGGCACGCUAGAGGAUUUAAAGUGGCUAAAGGUGUAUCACUGUCCUGGUGAAUAAACUUGCAGACUGAUAUGUCAUCAUGAUAAUUGAAUAAAUGCAGGGAAAUUGUUGUAGAGUUUUCAGUGGUGAUUUCAAUUGGUAAUCAAAUGCUAAUUUCUUUGAUAUACAUAUGGGUCAUUCCGUGUUUAACUCAACCAGAGGAAGAAGCAGAAAGCCAAAAUUUUAAAUGUGCUGGAUGCAUAUUUACUCGCUAAGCCACUUAUUUUUUUUGUAGAGUUGGGGUCAAAUUUCCAA